AUGAGUAAUACCUGUUGCCAAACAACAUUCAUUGCCUCCCAGAGUGGAAUGGCUCUCUCAAAACGCCCUGUUGAUGGUGGUGCAGAUGAAGUUGUUUACGUUUGGGGAGAAGACAAAGAGGAGGAAGAAGAAGAAGAAGAAGAAGUGGAUGGUGAAGUGAGUUGUUAUUUGGUUGUUGUUGUUGUUGUUGUAUUGGUUAGAGGUUGUCGAAGAGAUGCAAAACCUGAUCCCCAAACGAAAUGUUGGUUGGGGAGCUUAGACCCAAACCCCGGUGUGGAAUAG